AUGAGGGUUGCGGAGUUGGUUCAACAGCCCGGUCGUGACCAUCUUCCGUAUCUCACUCCGUAUCCACAUGGACGGGGUCAAACAUGGUUCAACCGAUCCGGGAACGGGAUCAGCGCAUGGAUCAACCGUAUGAUGUACUCGGCCCUCGACAGUGGACAUCCGACUUUCACUCACUUCCCAACCGACAAGCAGGUUCUGUGGUUUCGUCAGUUUGCGCAAGAGUUCAACUGGAAUUCCGAUGAGACGCUCUUUAUCUAUCACCACUUCGUCCAUAAAGUAAUGGACAACUAUGGGAAGCAGAUCCACGAGUGGAAGAAGAAGUGGGAAAUCAAUAAGGUCCCAAAGUCGAUGAACGAUACGGUCUGGAAGGAGUUGUGUGCGCAUUGGGAUAAGGAGGAGACGAAAGAAACUUCUUCCACCAACUCCACCAACCGCAGGAGCGACCGUAAAGGGAAGGGCAUCUACAAGCAUAACUUGGGUGCUCAAUCUAUUGCCACUCUCGGAGAUCGCAUGGCGGAAGAAAAUGAUGGCGAGCCGGUCGAUGAUCUCGCCCUAAUGAGGAGGGCGUAUACCAACAAGAAGACCGGCCAGAUUGAUGACGGUCUUGUGAGGGACGUGGUCGACCUGGUCCAAACUCAGGUGGUAGACGAAGUGUCUCAGCUUCAAACCGAGGAUGACGCUUCGACGGCUUCGACCAACUUGUCCCGGUUUCGAAUCAACGAAAUCGUUGAAUCCUCGGUUCCAAAGAAGAAGGGACGUUUGUUCGGUUUGGGUCGUCGCACCCGGUCGGUUCCUCCUUCUUCUGCACCACCGCCCUUUGUUGAUCCAGAAGUACUUACGGCUCAGUUGAAGGACAAAGAUGAUCGAAUAUCUUUGUUGGAGACCCAGAUGGCGGCUCAACAGGCGGGCUAUGAGGCACAGAGGAGGCUGAACCAGCAAAUGAUGGAGAUGAUGCAGAGGAUGUACCCGAACGAGGUGUUCCCGGACGUGCCAGACCCGGACAACUCCCUCGGAAAAUUCCGAGGAACGGAUCCCUCGGAAUAUACCGAGGGAACAGUUCCUCGGAAUAAACCGAGGAAAAAGUCCGUCGGUAUACUCCUAUCGAUCGAUGUAUAUAUGUCCAAAUACGCAUCGAUCGAUGAACUUCCGAGGAAUUAUCCCGACGAAGUUCUACCUCGGUAUAUUCCGAGGACUUUUCCGACAAACAAGGGAUCCUCGGAAUUUCCUCGGAAAUUUAUUUCCUCGGAAUUCCGUCGGAAAAUUCCGAGGGAUUUCAGAGGAAAAAAGAAAUUCCGAGGAAUUAUUUCCGACGACGUAUUUCGUCGGAAUUGCGUCGGAAUAACGAUAUUCCGACGAAAUUCCGACGAUUUUUUCCCUCAGAAUCCUUGAUGUUUUCUUGUAGUGCUUCUCGAAUUUUAUUCCCUUUUUUUGUCAAACCUUUGGUUACGAGAGAAGACUUCUAGAAAAAUCUUCUCUGAAAAGUCAAAUAUAGUCAAUUGCAAAAGUAACCUACUCAGACUUCUUGUGACAGUGAAAAGACUUCAUGUGAACGUAAGGCUUCUAUAAAAGUCUUCUCCAAGAAGUCUUCUAAAAAAAGUCAAAUAUCUGCAUAACUAACCUUAUAGAGAAGUCUUUUCUAGUAUUUUCGAGGAUUUUUCACAUUCAAAAGUAAGCCAAGUUUACAAAGGAAGAAUUCUCUAGAUGUCUGAUAUAGAGUAGACUUCUUAAGAAAUCUUCCUUCGUAAAUUUGCAAUUGCAAAAAUGACCUAAAUGGAAGACUUCUUAAGAAGUUUUCUAUGUCAAUCUUUAUUAUAUACUUCAAUUUUCUCUAAAAUUAAAAUGAUUUUUUAAUAUUUUCAUGUUAAUUCAUGUAUAUUGUAUUAACUGCAAAGCGAUUUCAUCCGCCAAGCUUAUGAACCGACAUCCUUCAUACCUUUGGAUGAUUUUUCCCAAGCUUGGCGGAUUGAAUUCGCUAUACUAGUCAACACAAGUAAACCAAUGCGAGUAACAAUUUAGUAACACGAGACAUAACAAAAUUAGUGAACUAGUCAAC